GAAAUGUCAGAAUUUCAGUAGUAGUCACAGGUGCUGGUGUUGGUGCUGUCGCCGACGCCGACCAAGUCAUCUGAUUUUUGGUGAUCAUUUGAUUAGAUGGCUUUUGGUGCCCGUUAUCACAACCAAAGAUAAAAUGAUGAAGAAAGUGUAUGAAAUAAUUUAUUCAAUAGUGUACAGUCUAUUUAUCUUCUACGAAACAGUGAACGAUUUUUGGAAUAAUUUGAAAAAACAGUCCAAUAACAGCAUCACACUUGAAUAUUUCGAAGAGAAGGGUUUUGAAUGUUUGAAAAAGAAACCAAAUCAUAUAACUUUUAUUAUAGAUGAAGAACCUUCCUUUAAGGAUCUAGCUAAUCUAGUUUUGUGGUGUUUGAUCGCCAGGAUAUCGUUUGUGAGCUUUUACGAUUAUCGAGGUGUCUUGGAAAAAAAUGAGGAAAAACUGGAAAUAGAAAUAAAUAGAAUAAAACAACAAAAUGAUUAUGUAUUAUGGCACAAUAGAAAAUCGGAUUCAAAGAAUGGAAUAGUGGGAAGAAAAGUUCACUUGAAAAUAAUCACUAAGGCAGAUGGGAAAUAUAAUAUAGAAAGAGUUUGCAGAGAAUUGAUUACUAAGAAAGAAUCAGUUUCGAACAUUAGCAUAGAAUAUGUAGAUAAAUGCUUGAAGGAACAAUUUGGGUUUCCAGAUCCUGAAGUAGGGAUCAUUUUCUCCAAAAUAUUUUCAUUAUUCGAAUAUCCACCGUGGGAAAUAAGACUUACAGAAUUUUUUAGAUUGAAUAGUCAUCAUAAUAUAUUAUUCAGCGAAUUCGUUGCUGUUCUUGAUAAAUACAGUAAAUGCAAUCAAAGGUUAGGGACCUAAAAAAUGUGAAUUAUGUGGUGGUUGCUAUAAGGUAUAUGGUUUAAAAAAGGGACAAGAAGUUCCUCAGAUCAAAAGGAGUGUACGUGAACUGGAAAAAAUAUUAAAUUUUUUUUAACUCAAAAA